UAUCGAGCGAACAAUAAUCUAUCGCUUGUUUCUCUUGAUUCGCCUUCCAAGCUAAAUCUUAUUUCAAGAAAGUCGGUGAAGCUUCAAUGGCUCCCAAGGCAGAAAAGAAGCCCGCGGAAAAGAAGCCUGCCUCCGAGAAGCCAACAGAGGAGAAGAAGGCGGUGGCUGAGAAAGCUCCGGCGGAGAAGAAGCCAAAGGCCGGCAAGAAGCUUCCAAAAGAAGCCGGCGCCAGCGGUGAUAAGAAGAAGAAGAGGACCAAGAAGAGCACUGAGACCUACAAGAUCUACAUCUUUAAGGUCCUCAAGCAGGUGCACCCUGACAUCGGAAUCUCGAGCAAGGCUAUGGGAAUCAUGAACAGUUUCAUCAACGAUAUAUUCGAGAAGCUUGCUCAGGAAGCCUCAAGACUCGCGAGGUACAACAAGAAGCCGACUAUCACAUCUAGGGAAAUUCAGACCGCUGUAAGACUUGUACUUCCCGGAGAGUUAGCUAAGCACGCCGUCUCCGAGGGAACUAAGGCUGUGACUAAGUUUACUAGCUCUUGAAUAUAGGGUUAUGCCUUUUGUGGUUGGGAACUUGUACUUGUGAUUUUGUGAAGAAUUGCCGGUUGAUAAAUGCUGGGGUUUUAUGUUGGUGUAUGAUUUUAUAGUUAGACUCUCUAAUUUCCUUUGGUACGUGAUGUAGUUAGAUAUCCGGUUGUAAGUACCAGGUAUUUUUACUUUUUGUUAAUGGCUGAAAUGAAAUUUGGUAUUUUUGUUUCUC